GUGUUUUCAUCUGUUUAUAGGCUGGUAAUAUUGUGGUUGGUUCUAUAGACUUUGGAACAACGUACUCAGGGUGGGCAGUGAUGUUUUCUCAUGAAUUUGAAUCAGAGCCGACGAAAGAAUUUGUGAGGCAAUGGCAGUCGGGAAGCUCGAUAAUCACAGAGAAAACACCUACAGUGGUACUUAUUAAACCAGGUGGCAAUAAAUUGGAAGCCUUUGGUUACGAUGCUGAGAACCGUUAUAAAGAGCUUAUAGAACAUGAAGAACACGAGGGAUACUACUACUUUCAGCGCUUUAAAAUGAAACUUCAUAAGCAAUUGGGCGAUAAAAUUGACUUGAAUAUGACGUUGACAGAUGAAAUGGGACAGACACUACCUGCAAUUGAUGUUUUUGCUAUGGCAAUAGAAUACCUUGUUAAUGAUAUGCAUGAUGUAAUCAAUAAGAGAAUGUUCGGAGUACUUGAGAGGUCUGAGGUUCAUUGGGUUAUCACCGUUCCGGCUUUUUGGACUGACUCUGCAAAACAGUUCAUGAGAAAAGCUGGUGAACAGGCUGGAAUUGAUGAUUGCAAAUUAAGUAUCGCCCUUGAACCAGAAGCGGCCUCCAUUUUCUGUCGCCAUUUGCCAAUGCAAAAAAGGAUCGACACUACUAAUGUAUGUAGUGCUUCCUUCCCAGCUGGAACGAGAUACAUGGUUCUUGAUGCUGCAGGUGGUACAGUAGAUAUUACAGUGCAUGAAGUCCAAGCUACUGGCGUUGUAAAAGAAAUACAAGCUGCAAGCGAAGAUGGCUGGGGUGGUACUCUUGUAGACCAGGCGUUUGAAAAGUUGAUCAUUGAUGUAGUAGGGAAAAGAGUUUAUCAGGAUUUCAAACAGGAAAGCCCGGAUGAUUGGCAAGACCUUUGGCGCGAUUUUGAUCUGAAGAAAAGAACAAUUAAACCUGAUAAGGAGACAAAAGUUGUCAUGAAGAUACCCGAAACUCUUCGUGAGCAGUAUAAACGUAAAUUCCGACAAACCUUUAAAGAGGCCGUUGAAUCAUCUUCAUAUGCUGAAAAUAUUACAUUUGUUGCUGACAAGAUAAAGUUUGACGCAAUCGUGUUUAAAAAGCUUUUUGAUGUCUUUUUGGCCAAAACAAUACAGCACACGGAAAGCCUAAUCAGAGAUCCAGCUGUCCGAAACAUUAAGGCCAUUUUAAUGGUUGGAGGUUUUUCUGAGUCCCCAAUGAUUCAAGAGAGGGUUAAAUCAUGCUUUCCUGGCAUUGAUGUCUUCAUACCUGCUGAAGCGUCCUCAUCAAUAUUGAGAGGAGCGCUUAUCUUUGGACAUAGCCCAUCUUUGAUCUCAAAAAGAGUUCUGAGGUAUACAUAUGGUGAAAGUAUAUAUUCUGCUUCCAUAAAAGGCGAAAAUCCAGAAAGCAGGCUUGAAAUGCCUGAUACAGGAUAUCAGUACAGGGACGCAAGCAAGUUGAAAGAAAUCAAAAAGUCUAAGUCGGAGAGACACAGAUAAAACAAAUUUACACAACAGUCUACAUUGAUCAGAAAAUCAUCCGUUUCCCGUAAUUAUAUGCGUCACAGAUGAAGGAUCCGAAAUAUACCGAUGAAGGUUGCAAACUCAACGGAACAAUGAGCUGUCAGUCUAUGAUGGAGACUUGUCACGUGAACUUACAUUUAGCGAUACAGAAAUGGAGGUGACAACUCAGGAUGUAAAAACGGGGAAAUUAGAAAAAGCGUCCAUUAAUUUACUCAAAAAAAAAAAAUUAAGGUCAAAGACCUGCUAAAUAAGACAUGCUUCAUUAAAAAUAAUUAAUGAAAUUAAUCAAACUCUGUAGGAAUUUGAUAUUGUAUUGAACUAUAUUGAGAUGACAAAACUACGGUUAUAUUAUAUAUUGUGAUUGCUUUAAGGCGCGUAAAUAGUGGAAUUGAUAUUAUAAUAAUGCAUACAUGCAUUUAUGAAAAAUAUGUUUUGUGUUUUUGCUUAAUUAACAAGUAUCCAUGUUUUUUAAUAAUCAAGAUAAGUAAUUACAAAUUUAUCCUCAUAUGGCACAUUGAUAUUGUAUUAUAACAUAAAAUGCUGUAUAUUUAGACUAUUAAUGUUUUACAAAUAAAGUGUUUAUCGGCUUGAUAAAAAACAAACCUUUUGAUAAUGCGAGUAUAAUGAGUGAAUUGAACUGUGUUUUAUAACACUUGAAAUGAUUUUAAGUUGAUAUACUCGCAACACGGUAUGUAACGUUGUACAAAAUGAUUCGAUUUGUUAAACAUAAUGUAGCCCCUCUAAAAUUACCAAGAUUUACCUCUGCGUCAAUGCAAGCAUCUAUUUUUGGAUAUUACACAAAAUAUGCCCCAAAACCCAAUUGAGUUUGUUUUUCUUUAAAUUAAAUACUUCAAUAUGUUCUUAAAAUACAAAUAUGUUGACAUGCAUUUUUGUGUUUAAUUGUGACGAUAAUCCAAUGUAAAUGUUGUCGAAUUACAGGAGUUUUGAUAAUUGAAAAACACAUAUAAAUUUACAACAUUAAUAGAUGAUAUAUUGGUUUAGACAUUUUUAUUCCUGGAAGUAUAUAUAAUGUACAUACAAAUACAUAACAAACAAACUAUUUUUGGUGGGACCCAAUUAUCAGUCUGUGUUUUUUGAGUAUAACGUAUACGUAUAUGAAAUACAUUUUAAGAAAUAAAAACGACUAAUAUAGGUCAAAUACUUAAUAUAGCACUUACAUGUAGAGUCGUAUGAGAAGAUAACCUCUUAUGCAAGCUUGUUUGACAUAAAAUCAAAUGUCAGUGACAUAUAAGAGCAUUUAUUUAUUAAGGUUAACUGUUCUAAAUCUCUUGUCAUUCAUACUUGGAGAUAAGUUUUGUCUAACCAAAUAUAGAUGUCGCAAUAACUUUAAGCUCAAACACAAAUUAAAUUUCGCAUAUUUAUUUUCAGAUUUUAAAUCAAAUUAAACUCUUUUGAAAAGCAAUAACAAUUCAAAACAAAACCAUUCUUACAUAAAUGCAAGGGCAUUGUGAAAAAUAUUAGUAUACAUGUAUUAUUUUUGUUGUUAUUUUAUGUUUUGUUUCCUAUUUGUUUAUCUCUC